AGAAUAAUUCUAAUCAGUCUUUCAGUUAUCAAGUUUGUGCAACAAAUCGAAUUUAUUCCGCCCAGCAUGGCUGUCGUUCUCUCACCAUUCCGGAAGUCGAAGCUGCUUCAUGUCUUCAACACUUUCUUUGAUGUGAACCAGAGCGGUGAAAUCGAUGAAAACGACCUGGAAUUGGCAGUGAAGAGCGUGUGUGGGGCCAGGGGUUGGGGGGAGAGCGACCCCCAUUACGCCAACACGCAGACUACGCUGCGCACGAUCUGGCGGGUACUCACUUCCCGCGCCGACAAGGACAACGACUCUAAGGAGGACUCGUCAGGUGAGGGAAGGCAGAGGGACAAGACCUUCAGGGACCUCAUGUUCCUGCUGGAGGACUCGUCAGGAGAUGGAGCGAUCGACGUGGCGGAGUACACGGCGCUGUACGUGGCGCUGGGUAUACCGAGGGAGGAGUGUCAGCAAGCCUUCAAUAAACUCAGCAAGGGAGAAAAGGAAGUGACGAAGGAGCGUUUCGACGAGCUGUGGGAGGAGUAUUUCCACAGCGAAGACCGCCAUGCUCCCGGCAACUUCAUUUUCGGGGUCACGGAGUUCGCUUCAGCCUAAACAUUUCGAAGUAUUGCCAGAUUAUUUAUUUAAUCCUGACACAAUUGAAUAAUAAUCGAGAUUAGAAGUAGUUCCCUUUUCGUUCCUUGUUGAUGAAUCUUAGUCAAGAUUUAGCCAUACUAUACCGUCUAUACGGACAUCCCUUUUUGAAACACACACAAAUUGAAUUCAACAGAUAGACAAUAUUGUAGUUCUAUUCAAGUUCGUUGAACUAGAAUUUGAAGUGAUUAAUUUGUUUGCUUCACGUUCCAAUUUAAGUUUUCGAAUUAUACAGCCUCUUUUAUUCCCUUGAUGGAUUGUAGUAGAAUUUGGGAAAAGAACCCUACUUUAAAAAAAAAAUUCUUUGACAAAAACAGUGAAACGGUUACCUGUUUAUUGUGCGCGUUAUAUAUACUUGUAAACAAAAUUCCACGCCAGCACUUACCAAUGGAACAUUCCAAAAGGUAACUCAGUAGAUUUAUUGCCUAAAUCUAGAAUGCACUGCAAUUUUCUUAAUCCAAUAGUAAAAAUGAUUGUUUCUUAGUGCUACUGCAAAAAAAUGAAUAAUUAAACGUUUGAUAUCUAAUAGAAUAUACAGAGCAUACCGUCUAUUUCAUGAACUAACAGCUCUGUCCGUCUUCAUAGCUUACUGUGUUGUAGACCGACUUCGCUGGGUUUUUGAAGUCAUGAUGCAAGAUUGUUUCUGCACGAGCCAUUUUCCAUUGUAUACAAGACAUGCUGGGUAAAAUGUUAGAGUAUAAAUGAUUAGUUGAUGUUUUCAAGUUUUAAUCUUACUAGAAAAUUAACGUUCAUUGUAUGUUUGGGUGAGAAUAAAGGCAUUAGUGGAUCGUCAUUAGUAGAUACAUUUAUUACUGUAAAAUGAAGCAUCUGUUGCUGGACCGUUUCAGUGUAAAGAGAAUGAGAAAAACUUCCAUCUUCUAGACGAUUAUAGGUGAAUUUAUCAGAUUUUUAGCUAUAUUGACCUACAUAGUUAGUUCUCAUUGCACACGCACUUUUUUGUCUAAUGAGAUACAACACCGUGAACGUAUAGUGAGUUUUUAUAAAAUCGCAGUUUGUCAUUAACAUUGAUUUCGAUUUUGGUGUAAAAUUCAUGUCGGGUUUGCAACGAAAAAAUUACCGUAAACUAAAAUCAUUCUGAUAUAUUUAUAUAAAUAUCAGAACAUAUAUAUAUACCGACUUCAAAACUUUCUAUGGGUCGUGGUGUAUUUCAAACAUAAAUUUUGCGCAAGCGGUGCACAAAUUUAAGCACUAACGACACUUUCAUCAUCGAAUAAAUAAUGUGGAGCCGAAAAUCCUCCAUGAAAAGUUUUGCCGGUCUAAACGAGCUCAUUUCACGGUUUAAAAACACAGAAAGGCCAAGCUUUUGACUUUAUUAAUUAGUGGUUAAUGGCCGUUCGUACAUGAAGUUAGCUCAGAAAAAAUUUUCAUGCAAUUUUCGUCGGCUUUCCAUGUGAAAUUGUUU